CCUGUUCCUGUUCAGGGCACGAGAAGCCUUGCUGCAGCAAGUUGAGAAGUUUGGGGGAGGGGGGGUCCUCCUUCCCGCCGAGCUCUCUGAGAUUAAGGGCUUGGCCUGCUCAGGUAGAGCACGUACCGGGUCUUGCAAACUCAUCUCCCGGCAGGGAGCGGAGGGAAAGGAGGGACGCGGCUGCUAAGGCUGAGCUUGCGACGGAGUCGGCUGUUACCCGGGGAAGUUCUUUAGGGAGACGCCUCGGAACAGUGGCUUCUUGCGGGAGCGGUGAAGCCAAAGCCGGGGCCCGCGGAGACCGGUCCGGAGAGGCGGCGCGCGUUCCUACAGGGCUCGGGACUGACUUCUUCAGUGCUUAGAGUCUGAGAAAAAUGGCAAAUAUGGAUAGUGAUUCUAGCCAUCUUCUCAUCCCUGAGGUAGAUAAUGAAAUAAAUCCUGGACCUAUGAAUAUCCAGUUUGAUUCAUCAGAUAUAAGAUCCAAAAGUGAGAAGUGAAUGCCUUGCCUUGGUACAUCCCAUUUCUAAUGGAGGACAAGAAGUUAUUUUCUUCAAUGGCUGACUUCCAGAAUUUCUGCCUGAACGUUCUUUGUCAAGUGUAUAUUCCCUUCUCUAGGCCUUUCUAUAUAGAGCCCACAAACAUCGUCAAUGUGAAUGAUGUCAUUCAGAGGGUUAGUGACCAUGCCUCUGCAAUGAACAAGAGGAUUCAUUACUACAGCCGGCUCACUGCUCCUGCAGACAAGGCACUGAUUGCCCCAGAUCAUGUAGUUCCAGAUCCAGAAGAGUGCUAUGUGUAUAGUCCAUUAGGUUCUGCUUAUAAACUUCAAAGUUACACUGAAGGAUACGGUAAAAACACCAGUUUAGUAACCAUUUUUAUGAUUUGGAAUACCAUGAUGGGAACAUCUAUACUAAGUAUUCCUUGGGGCAUAAAACAGGCUGGGUUUACUACUGGAAUGUGUGUCAUCAUGCUGAUGGGCCUUUUAACACUUUAUUGCUGCUACAGAGUUGUGAAAUCACGAGCUAUGAUAUCAUCAGUAGAUACCACUACGUGGGAAUAUCCAGAUGUCUGCAGAUAUUAUUUUGGCUCCUUUGGGCAGUGGUCGAGUCUCCUUUUCUCCUUGGUGUCUCUCAUUGGAGCAAUGAUAGUGUAUUGGGUGCUUAUGUCUAAUUUUCUUUUUAAUACUGGAAAGUUUAUUUUUAACUUUAUUCAUCACAUUAAUGACACAGAUGCUAUACUGAGUACCAACAAUAGCAACCCUGUGAUUUGUCCAAGUGCCAGGAAUGGUGACCAUCCUGACAAUGGCUCUAUGAUUUUCUACACCAAUGACUCAGGACUCCAGCAGUUUGAAAAGUGGUGGAAUAAGUCCAAGACAGUGCCCUUUUACCUCAUAGGGCUCCUCCUGCCACUGCUUAAUUUCAAAUCUCCUUCAUUUUUUUCAAAAUUUAAUAUCCUAGGCACAGUGUCCGUUCUCUACUUGAUUUUUCUUGUCACCUUGAAGGCUAUUCGCUUGGGAUUUCAUUUGGAGUUUCAUUGGUUUAUGCCAACAGAAUUUUUUGUCCCAGAGAUAAGAUUUCAGUUUCCACAGCUGACUGGGGUGCUUACCCUUGCUUUCUUUAUUCAUAAUUGUAUUAUCACCCUCUUGAAGAACAACAAGAACCAAGAAAACAAUGUGAGGGACUUGUCCAUUGCUUAUAUGCUGGUGACAUUAACUUAUCUCUAUAUUGGAGUCCUGGUUUUUGUUUCAUUUCCUUCACCACCAUUAUCCAAAGAUUGUAUAGAGCAGAAUUUUUUAGACAACUUCCCUAGCAGUGACAUCCUGUCCUUCAUUGCAAGGAUAUUCCUGCUGUUCCAGAUGAUGACUGUAUAUCCACUCCUAGGCUACUUGGCUCGUGUCCAGCUGUUGGGCCAUAUCUUCGGUGACGUUUAUCCUAGCAUUUUCCACGUGUUGAUUCUUAAUCUAGUUAUUGUGGGAGCUGGCGUGCUCAUGGCCUGUUUCUACCCAAACAUAGGAGGAAUCAUAAGAUAUUCAGGAGCAGCAUGUGGCCUGGCCUUUGUAUUCAUAUAUCCAUCUCUCAUCUAUAUAAUUUCCCUGUACCAAGAAGAGCGUCUAACAUGGCCUAAGUUAAUCUUUCACAUUUUCAUCAUUAUUUUGGGCCUGGCUAACCUAAUUGUUCAGUUUUUUAUGUGAAAUAGUCAACUGUCUUCUCCAGAUCUUUCAUGGUGUUUUGAACUCUGACAACAGUCCCACAUAAACUCACUUGUAAAUGCUGUUGUUGCCGUAAUUAUUAAUGUUUUCCUAAGGUAAUUUGAAACCAAGGGAAAUAGUGGUCCAUUAAUAAGUAAUUCUUGUUAGAAUGGGGAAAAUGGCAGUAAGAGUGGUCUUAAUCUCUUUACCUUUUUCGUAUUCACUCACCUCUUCAUUCUCACUGUCUUUUCUGAGUAGAAAUGUAUGCCCCUAGGAAAAAUCAUGCUGGGUUUUGCUUUUAGAGAUGUAGGGUGGGUGGGUUUAUUCUGGCUACAAUAAUGAUUCUCAGAGUGUCAGAGCAACUAUAUUGCCAGAUCCCAUUUCUGUUUUAUGUUUCAGUGAUUCACUUUUAUUUAAUUACUUGCUAUAUCAUUUCUGCAGUUUGCCCAAACCUUUACUGUUUUGGACAGUAAACCAAAUACCUCAUUUUAAAAAAGAAGUGUCCAUGACAUCAGUGUUAGUAGAGUGAAUUCUUACGUGAGCCCUUAAUCUCUGUUUUAAAAAAGAAAGAAGGGAAAAAAAAAAAAAGCAAUGUCAGCACAGGCCCCAUGGUCAUGAAACUUAUGUAAAAUAAAGGAACUAGGAGAGAGUUUGUUGCUAUCUGACUCCUCUUUUGUUUCUAAUCCAGUUCCAGUUCCCCAAACCACAUUUUGCAUAGGAACAAGUAUGAUUGUCCUCAUAGACCCAGGGGGCUCUUUGGCUUUUUGGACCCCUGAGGAUUGCAUAGGAUGUGAUGUCAGGACCAGUGAGGAAGAAUAUAGGAAGCAUGGAAGAGAGGGAUAUAUGAGGCGUUAAGGGAAUAGAGAGGGGCCAGAAAGAGUGAGGCCUCCUUAAAAGUGUAUUCUCUGCUGGGGGUGAAAGUGAUUUCUUCAACACAGGAAAGGAUUACUUUUGUUCAAAGUAUGACCUCCAGAAGGAGACCCCCUCAACUUACUUCUGUAACUGUCAGGGUAGAGGUUAAAUCCCCAAAAGAAAAACUACUUGGAUCUGAGAAAAGGAUUAGGAAAUCUGAAUUCUUUGAUUGGCACUCUCCUCUUUUUCUUUCAAACUAAAAACUAAACCAAAAUCUAAAUCCAUGUCUUUCAUGUAAUAUAGCCUCCAUGUUCAGCUGGAAAAGUUAGAUUUCUCUAAUUUUAUGAUACCAUUAAACAGUGUAUUGUGUUAAUACACAUCCCAAGAUAAUGUGUAGAUUUGUGUUAUUUUCCUUCCUUUGAGAAAGACAGGUGAAAUGGUUUUUUAAACCUGGUAAAGAGCCCCAGAUUCAAGACCAGCCGUUCUUCCUUUUAGCAGAGCUUUCUAUCUAGUCCAUAGACCCAUACCUAUACUGAUGAACUAUACUGUCUAAAGCUCUUUUUUAAAAAGUCUCAUUAUGAAAAUUCUCAAGCAUACACAAAAGUAGAAAAAAAUAAUAUGAUAAAUCCCCCCAUACCCAUCCCCUACAUGUAGUAAUUAUAAGACUUUGCUGCAUUGCUCACCUAUCCCCCUUUUUUUCUCUUCCACUGAAACAUUUUAAAGUCAAUCUUCAAGUUAUGUCAUUUCAUCUCUACAAACCUUAAUAUGUACUUGAACUUAGUUACGUUUAUUGAGGGAGACAGUCUCUCUGAAGUUUUUUGUUGUUGUUGUUAGCAGAAACUGCUGGUAGAAGUUAGGUAAUUAGAAAAUUCUGCAUUACGUGUCUGGAUCCCUGUGUUAACCUCUCUUAGAACAGGAAUAUAAGGCGUGGAGAAAAUGUGUCUCUGUGCCUCUGCAUCUUUAUGAUUUGAGAGUUUUGUUCAGUUAGAGACAUAGGAAUCAAAAGCCAGACCUUGAGAGAUCUUCCAGGCUUAAUCCUUGUUUAUCUCUAGUUGCCUCCCUUGUCUUUAAAAACUUCAGAGACAAAGUUGCAUUGCCUUUUUUCAAUGAUAUACUUGAAUGUUUUAACACAUAGAAAAGUGAUUUGGUAUAUUUUUGCACAUUUAAUAAUCAAAGUGAAUAUGAAAAUGAAUGCAUUAUUGAUUAAACUAAAAAGCAACGUGAUAUUUGCUUUUUGUUUUCUUUAAGAGACUUGCUGAUUUAGAAUUUCCAAAAUCCUAUGUUAGACUUAUGCUGAAUGCUGAAUGACUUUGCCUCCUUAGGUUUUUCUUCACAAAACCAGCUCCUUUGGCCUAUUAAUUAGCUUGGUCGGAAAACUCUUUGUGUACAUGUGUCCUGGCUCACAAAUUAGAAUGAUGAGAUGAGAUCUCAUUCUGAUCAUAUUACAAUUAAUUUUAGACUUUCUCUGCUGUCAUCUCUUUGAAUUUUCUAAUUAAAUUUCUUUCACUUUUUGCUCUGAUGUGGUUAAUCUUAGUUUCUUUGAAUUUAGCUUAUUUAACACAUAACUGAGGACGUUAUAAAAUUUAAAAUAGCUUGUUUAGAGAGCUCUUCCUUGGAAAGGCUCUGGAUGAAUAUGUGGUAUGCUAAUACUAUUGCCAGAAAGGACAAAGAAAUAUGCUUUGACAUUUGACACCUAUGGAUGAUCAUCCAAAAUCAGUUUCAUCAUCACACCCAAAAAAUGUAUUGGAAUAAAGAAUAAACUUACCCACAAAAAGGGACUGUGUUAGAGGGAAAUAUUCACUUCAUUUACACUAAAUAUAUUUUGCAAAUACAAUACAGCCACUAAAUGUAGAGGCAGAAGAGUUUUUGGUUUCUACUUGGAGUUCAUUAGGAGAAUUUUUUUAUCUGUAUUUUGACUUACUCAUUUCCAUAAAUAAUUGAAUAACUACUAUCAGGGAGGGGGAAAUUUCCCCCUAUCCCUCUUGAGUUCUUUUGGCUGGUCUAAUAAUUAAAUUGACCCAAGACAUAUUAACGGGAGAAAGAAGCAAAACAAAACAAUUUAAUUUGCAUGUGUAGAAUUCUCAUAGAAAUGGGACCCCGGAAGUGACCAAAGCAAGCUGUUCAUAUAUCAUUUUUAGACAAAGAAAGAUUUGUGAAGAUUUAACUUAUGCUAGGGAGCAAACUGAUGAAGAAGUAACAACAUUUGUUUAUAGUACAGCUUUUUAAGCCUUGAGUUCCCUAACUCGGGUGAUAAGGACGCUUUGUAGCCUCCUGGUAUAGGGAGGAUACCUUCACCUGGGAGAUUUAUUUCUCGCUUUCAUGGGGAAGGGGUAAGUCAGAGUGUUUUUUAAUGGCUUUUGUUUCCACCAGCUGUUUCUCAAGUAACUUUAAUUCAAAAUAAUCACUGUGCCACUGUGGCGUAUCUUGAGGCAGCCUGUCCUGAGCCCCAGCACUGCCAUGUUCGGUACUUUGGAGGAGGCAAGUAUGUAUAAGACAUCACUCAUAUCCUAAAGGAACUUGUGGUCUAGUAAAGGAACUACGCCUACAGUUGACUAUAAUGCAAGGCACUUUCAGACAAAGAGAAACAGAUCCCUUCCAGUCGGGAUCCUCAGGGAGGGCAGGUAAAGAAAGCUGAGUGGUAAAGCUGCAAGGACACAUUUUCAGCCUUCUCCUAAUAACUGUACAAAAUUUUAGGUGUUCGACACAUUCACCAUCAAGUGGGAUCUUCUAAAGUGUAAUUGCUUUUACUUUGGCAAAUUUUCUCUAGGAUAAGUUUUAUAAGAAAUAUUUAACUGCUUCUGUAUACUGUUUAUUGUUCUCUUUGCAUUUUAACACUGCAAGAUUCACUUCUGUGAAUCUUGGACAGCAAAGUACAAUUGGUCAAUAGGGGAAAUAAUCAGUAACACAUUGGGCAGUACAAACAGAAAGAUUCUAUAAGAUUUUCUCUCCAAAAAUUUGACUUAUUUAUCUGUAUUCAAAACGUCAAAUGUUUGGGCUCAUUGAUUAGAGCAGAAGAUAUUGAUGCUGCUUGUUUUCUUUACAAAGGACUGACCUGUUGCUUUUUAGAAUCUGGUCGUGGUGAUGUGGUGGUGGUUUGUUUUCUCAUCCCAGUUCGAACGUCCAAAAGAAAAUCCAAAUCUAGCUGACACCUAAACAAUAGAAUGUUACAUUAGUUUGUUGUCCAAAAUGGAACGCGCACAAGGCAGCCUGGCUGGCCCCAGUUUCACAGUCGACUGCCGACUUCACUUCAGAUUAUGUAAACAUGUAUUGCAAAACAGCUCUGACGGGAACCUCAUAACCUAAACACUAUUCUCUGAAAUGUAAUUUGUUGUCUUUUUAUAUAAAAGAAGAAAUUAAAUCAAAAUUAUUUUGAAGAAAAACGACUCUGGGAUUUUGUUUAAUUGAACUUUGCCAGGAAAUGACAUUGCCUAGUAGCACUGACCCCAGGGUAGAAGGAGUCCAUCUUUUGCAGGGUCAGACUUCUCAAGUGACUCUGCGUGUGUCACAUCAGGUCACUCAAGUGACCGAUGCAUGUCUUACAUGCCCUCUCUCAUGUUCUAGAUCCUAAAAAAAAAAGGUAUAUGCUUUGUAUUUUAACCAAAACCUAAAAUGAUCAUCCCUUUUGGACAAUAAACUGUUUGACUUCUCCCUCUAAGAGCAUUUCAGAAUGAAUGUGGCACUUCAGAUAAGUGUAGCCCAGUUUCUGGCAAAGAGCUUAGUAUCAUAAUCUUACAGAGCCAUUUAAGGCAAUAGAGAGCUCUUAUCUUCUGCCUGCCUUAAGUAAAAUUCCUUUUUUUCCCCAAUGUCAUUUUUUUUUUUAUAUUUCUCAACUCUUCUGCAAAGAUAAAAUAAGGCUAUGUCUUUUUAAAAGAUUAAAAAUUCCUCCAUUCUCCUUAUUCAUCUCAGGCCAUAAAGUACAGGGCUGGGAUAGGGAUUAGAAAGGGCACACUCUGCAGAUUUUUCCUCCUUUGGGUCUCUCUUGAUGUCCCAAGUAAUCCAACUGUGUUUGGUUUUAACAGACACUUAAUAUACACUUGUUUAAUCAAUCAAUUAAUGAGGCAGGGUUCCACUUUAAUGGAAAACAAUAAUUGCUACUUUUUAAGAGUGUUUCGUUUCUACUUGGAGUUCAAUACCCAAAAAAAAAAAAAAAAUUGGGCCAAUCAGGUUCAGAAUUAGUCUCUCGGCCAAUAUUUAA